GAUUCUUAUGAUUGCGGCGAAUUGCGGCCAUGUGUGAUUGUUUUUAAACACACAGUGAAACAGAGAGAAGAAAAAAAUGGUUUGAUAUUAUAGAGAAAAUAAAAAUAUAAAAUGUAAUCAAAUAAUUCACUUGCAUUGUAAUAAGCAACUGAAAGUGCCUAUAAGAAGAAUUUAACAAGUAUGAAAUGACAAUGCUACAGUACUGCAAAUGUAUAUUAUAGAAUUCCAUUUACUUGAGAAACUGGUACUAAUUGAAAAGGAAAUACCAUAUUCAUGAUACGAAACCAAAGAUUUAUAAUUCUUUAACAAUUGUCUAGAAUGUCAUUUUUUAAGACAACACAAUUUUUAUCAUUGAAAAUAAGAUCGAGGAUUUUAUCAAGAUCAAACAAUCAAAUUCGAUAUUUUUCCCUUGAUAAAAUAAGAAAAACAACUAAAUAUCGAGGUUACUUACUGUGUACCUUAUUUUUUAGUUCAGCUCUAGGUUAUCAAUUCCUCAAAUCAGAAUAUAAAUUCCCAACAUUCCCAACAGUUGAUGAUUAUUUGAAAUUCUUCAUACCAAGCGUUAGUGCAUUAGAUCUAAAAGACGAUGACAAUAGCAAAAAUCGAAAUAAGUACAAUUUUAUUGCUGACGUUGUUGAAAUUUGUGCACCAGCCGUUGUAUUGGUGCAAGUGAAGGAAUCGGUGGCAAGUCCCUAUCAUAGAAAAUCUUUGGUACUUAAUAGUGGAUCUGGUUUUAUAGUCAAGGAAGAUGGUUUAAUUCUGACAAAUUGUCACGUCGUCAUGGGUGCUAUUAGAAGAACUAAUGUCACGGUUACUGUACGUCUAGUCGAUGGUUCUACACACGAUGCAAUUGUUGAGAACAUCAAUAUGGAGACAGAUCUUGCGACAAUAAGAAUAAAGAAGAAAAAUUUACCUAUUAUAAAAUUAGGAAAUUCGAAGGACAUAAGACCGGGAGAGUUUGUCGUUGCUAUUGGAGCGCCACUUACGUUGAGUAAUUCCAUUACAAGUGGUAUUGUCAGCAGUCCUAAUAGACGUGGCGAAGAACUGGGAAUAUCUCAUAAACAAAUGAAUUACAUUCAAACGGAUGCUGCGAUUACUUUUGGAAAUUCCGGAGGACCUCUAGUGAAUCUCGCGGGGGAAGUGAUUGGAAUAAAUGCCAUGAAGGUGAGUCCGGGAAUUUCUUUCGCCAUUCCAGUGGAUUAUGCGAAGGAAUUUUUGGAGAAAUCAGAGGCGAAGAGAAGGGGACGGAUGACGAGUCAAGAAUUUAAAAAUUCGGAAUUGGGAAGAAAGAGGUAUUUGGGAAUUACGAUGAUAACGCUAGGACCCGAAAUGAUUUCCGAUAUGCAGCAUAUUAUUGGAAGUUCGUCUCAGUUCGUGAAGCAUGGGGUUUUAAUUUGGAGAAUUGCACCAGGUUCGCCGGCUGAUAAAUUUGGUUUGAAGAAUGGUGACAUUAUUACUGAUGUUAAUGGUAAGCCAGUUGUAUCAGCUGCGGAUAUUUAUCAAGCACUGGAUCGAACAGAUCUUUUGGUAUUAGACGUAGUGCGGAGCGGUCAAGUUUUGCACUUUAAGAUUGAGCCCGAAAUUUUACAGUAGACACUAAUUAUCUAAUUUUCUUCACAUCCGAAAGUAUUUUUUUGUCAACCGUGUCUUGAAAUGUUAUUCUCUGUAUAAUUUUAAUUCAAAUAAAUGGUUUACAUUAAA